AUGAGCCCCAGGAGAUUUCGGUUGAAUGCUUAUCAGAUUUGCAUAAAGAUUCUGAAAGCGAGGCAUUUGCCCCAAAAUGCAAAUCCAAUGGUCGUGGUUAAAGUGGGAAACAGAAGGAAAAAGACGGUGGUCCGUGAAAGAACGGAUUCACCGAUUUACAACGAUUACUUCGUGUUUGAUCUCUUUUGUAACUUGGACGAACUCUUGAGCACUAAAAUUACGAUAGCCGUAUAUCUGAAACAUUAUUUACGUUUUAAAUUUCAUGGAAGCACAACGUUCGAAGUUGCUUUGGUAUGGGAUCAACCAGAUCAUCAAUAUUUUCACAAAUGGGUGAUGUUGACCAAUCCGAAAGACAUUUCUGCAGGACCGAAAGGUUACGUUAAAUGUAAUAUCGCGAUUAAUGUGAAAGGAGAGAAAUUGAAAGUGCAGCCGGAUACGGAGGGCGAGGAUGACAUCGAAGGGAACCUCUUGUUACCGGUCGGUGGCGAAUUUCUACGUUUCAGGCAACGAGCCUGCUACAUUUUUACAAUUUAUCGGGCCGAUGGUUUGCCAGAUAUGAGCAGCUUAUGCAUGAAAAAUGAUUUCGAGAAUAUUAACCCGUUCGUUCAGAUAUCGUUCGCUGGAAUGAAGGAAACGACGAGAGAAGCAUGGCAAACUUACAGGCCGAGAUUUAACGAGAAGAUCACGUUCAGAGAAAUGUUUCCAUCUCUGUGUCAACGUGUCAGGAUCGUUAUCAAGCAUCGUGUUAAUAGCUGUCGAACGUGUGUCGUCGCUUCUUACAUUCUCAAUAUAAGCAAAAUAUCGAGUCACGGGGAGAACGGUUUCCUGCCGACUUUCGGCCCAUCGUUUCUUCACUUUUAUGGGUCUGGAACUACUGACAAGAACAGCUGUUUUGGCAAGUGUUCUACAGCCCUUCCUUUUUAUCGCGGCAGGGUUCUUGUCUCCUUAAAAACUGAAAUUGAUGACUCGGAAACAACGUCUGGAAUCAGCGUGGAAACAGAACUCGCGGCACCAAUAAUCGAGAGAAGCUUAUGGAAGACGGAAGAAUAUUACCUGGUCGCUGUGUUGUACGAUAUAAGCAUGAUCGAUCGGCGAAAAUUUUGGACGAAAUCAAUAAGCUUCGAGGUUAGCCUCGGAAACGCCGGUAACAGACAAUUUGCUCGCAGCCAGUGCUUCGACAAUAACGACGGAAACCAGAUGCCAGAUCGUAGACCGGAGUUCGAGAGCGAGACUGCGCCACGAUUGACUGGAACGCUGGAUGGCAAAUAUAAUUACGUGCCCCUUGGCUCGCGAAAACCCUGCCUCUACGUUAAAUCUUGGUGGCCGAAUCUCGACUGGCGGAUAUACAAUAGUAACAGCUUGGCGUUCAUCGCUGAUUUCCUAGAGGAAAAGUUGGAUCAACUGGAGAGCAUGGUGGCGCUCGAGCAUCCGGACACUUACAAAUUCUACAACGAGGCGAUCCGCGCCAUGAGGAGCCACUGCAUGCAUUAUUUGCAUACGUUAGACACAGGACGAUACGACGACGAGGGUGGCACCACGAAGCUCGAUCGCUAUCGCGUGAAUCUAUGCCGUAAAGAGAUUGAGAAUGUCCUGAAGAGGAUCAAGAUCAACGGCGAACUUCCGAGUAAUCACUACACGAGAAUCGCGAUGGCGCAUGCUUAUCAGUAUCUCGCCAAAGUGAAAAAACUACGGGAAGAUCCCCAGCACAGUCUCCCGGACGUUUUCAUUUGGAUGAUAACCGGCUCGAAGCGGGUGGCGUACGCGCGAUUUCCAGCCGAAAGGAUCAUUUACUCGGAGGAAGUAAUCGAGAGGGGGCCGUUGUGCGGUCAGAAGGUCGACGUUCCGUUGGUGCAUCCGCGAGACGAGGAAGGCGCCGACUACAUGGCCUGCAAACUUGAAGUUUUCCUCUGGCUGGGUAACGCCAAGUACGUGGGUGCCUGUUGGGCCUCGAUUCCACCUGGCUACACGGUGGACCACGAACGAAACGUCGAUUCGUUUCCCAAAUAUUUGGAGUACAGCCGCUUCACGGCGUUUCAGCUACGAGCCCACAUAUUCCAAGGUCGCUUUGAUCCCGGCAUGGAUGCAUCCGGUUUAUUGGAUCCGAUCGUGCGUGUCGCGUUUCACGGUUACACGGCCUCCACCAGAGUUAUUAAGCAGACUCUCGAUCCGUUCUGGGAUCAAACUUUAAUACUGCCGCCGAGGACUGUUCACGGAACGAAGGAGUAUAUUAAAUCAAACCCGCCGAAAGUUACUCUGCAGGUGUACGAUCUGGAUUUACUAGGCUUCAAGGAGUUCUGCGGGAGAUGCACAGCUAUCCCAUUAGUUAAACUCGCGGAGGAAACUUACUCGCCGCCUGAUUUCCCUCCGAAACUUGAGUGGUACAAAUUUAAAUCGCAAAGGGAUUGCAGCGGUUCGGUGCUCGCUGCCUUCGAGCUCAUAGAGAUAAUGGACGACACGUCCGUAGACAAAGUCAUGGAUCCUUCGAUACAGGACGUCAUUUUUAAUAUACCAGAUGACAUCAGACCGAAAAUGACAAGCUACAGGCUUGAAGUUAUAUUUUGGGGCGUACGAGACAUGAAGAAGAUUAAUUACAUGCCAGUGCUAAAUCCUCGGAUUAUUAUAGAAUGCGCUGCCGUUCAAGUCAAGUCAGAAGUAAUGGAGAAUGCCAAGAAAUUCUGCAACUACAAGAAGCCUCAUGUCAUCGUCGAAUUGGACAUGCCAGAAAUCGUUAUCUAUUACCCCUGCAUCACAAUAAAAGCAUAUGACUCGCGAGGAUUCGGCUGCUUUAAAUACGUCGGGAUUUGCAUAAUACCGAGCGUUUACAUCUUUCUGGAACAAUUAAUAACAGAAGAGGAUUACGACGCACAGAUACACGGAACUAAAUCGAUUUUGAAGCCUCCGUGGACUAGAAGACAACCUGUGGCCAUUUUGCCUUUGCCGAUCGAUUACGAUCCAGCGAAAGAAGACGAGAAGUUAAUUCCGUACAAAAAGAUGAUCAAGGAAGAAACAUGGAUUAGAAAGAUGUUUCGGGCAGUAAGGAAGUUUCUCGCGCGUCUGAUACCAAGAAGAAGAAAGAGGACGAAGAAAACGGACUACAAGUUGGAGAAGGACGAGUCCCUCGACUGGUGGAGUAAAUAUUUCGCUUCCUUGGAGGAGGAAAGAAGCAGAGAGCUAGGCACCUUUUCUCCAGGUGAUCAGAAGCUCGUGGCUACGUUCAAGGUAUACGACGGAGAGCUGGAGAUGCAGCCGCAAUUCGCCGGCUUUCAGGAUCGUCUGAGAACGUUCGAGCUAUGGAAGGGACGGAAGAGCGAGGAUCCCGACCACUAUAUCGACAAUUACGUUGGAAAGUUCAAGGGACGCAUUUGCGUGUAUCACUGGCCACAUUUGAGUAACUUGCCCUGCAAAACGAGAAGCGGCAGAAACGCGGCUAAUGGCCUGUGCGACGAUUAUCCGCAUACGGAACCGAUCAAGCUUCUGGUCAGGCUUUACGUUGUGAAAGGUGUCAACCUGCAGCCCAGCGACCCCCUCACCGGAAAGUCUGACCCGUAUUUGUGCGUUAAACUUGGAAAAACGUACAUCAACGACCAGAAGAAUUACAUACCGAACCAGCUAAAUCCCACUUUCGGACGGCUCUUCGAGAUAGAAGCCACUUUCCCUCAAGAUUACAUGAUGAUCGUACAAGUGUGGGACUACGACGCAACUACGGCCGAUGAUUUGAUAGGGGAGACGAAGAUUGAUCUGGAAAAUCGAUUCUACAGCCGGCAUCGCGCCACUUGCGGCAUUUCCAAGGCCUAUAACGAGGAGGGAUACAAUACGUGGAGGGACCGCGAGAAACCGAAGCAGAUACUCGAGCAACUUUGCAAGAGGAAUAACCUUCCGUUGCCGGAGUACCAGGAUCAUUACGUGAAGAUUGGACGAAAAAGAUUCCCAUUCGUCGACCAGCAGACGGAAGACGACAGGGAAGAGCGUAUGGCAUUGAGCGUGCUUCAUCGAUGGCAAGAGUUCCCCGUUUGCGGCUGCGUCCUGGUGCCUGAACACGUCGAAAGGCGACCGCUUUUUAACACCGCCAGACCCGGAUUAGAGCAGGGUAAGUUGGAACUUUGGAUCGACAUGUUUCAAUUUGGCGAAUUUCCUCCGAAACCGGCAGUGGACAUCAGUCCGCCUGUACCAGAGGAGUAUGAAAUUCGCGUGAUCGUUUGGAACACCGAGGACGUGCCUCUCGUCGACAGUCAAUUCCUUACCGGAGAAAAGUGUUCAGAUAUUUACGUGAAAGGCUGGAUACUUUACGACGACUAUCAAAAAACCGACGUCCACUAUAAUUCUCUGAACGGAGAGGGGAAUUUUAAUUGGCGAUUCAUAUUUCGCGUCCUUUACUGCAAGAGUGAGCGCGUUAUGAUUGUACGCAGGAAGACAACCUUCUUCGCGCGAAGCGAAACGGAAGACAAACUGCCGUGCAGAUUACAUUUGCAAGUUUGGGACAGCGAUCAUUUUUCUCCGGACGAUUUUCUCGGGGCGGUGACGUUGGAUCUAGCCAAAAUGCCACGGGGAAGUCCGAAUUCCAAAACUUGCACUUUAUCGUUACUAGAUCCGACUCUGCCGACGAUCGACAUGUUCAAAAUGGCACGAAUUAGAGCCUGGUGGCCGUUCGAGUGUAGCGUGAAUGCAGGUCGAUACGUCCAGGCGGGUAAAGUUGAACUGGAAAUAUCAAUAUUGCCAGCGGAGGAGGCUGACGAAGAACCUGCGGGCAAAGGAAGAGACCCACCUCAAAAUCUACCACCACCAAACCGACCGGAUACUUCGUUCUCCUGGUUCCGGAACCCGUGGAAAGCAUUCCGUUACAUUGUUUGUCGGUAUUACAAAUGGAGGAUAAUAGGCUUCUUCGUGUGCGUGCUGAUAAUACUGCUGGCAGCUUGCGGAAUUUAUGCUUUCCCUGGUUAUCUGGUGAAGCGGCUUCUCGGCGCUUGACUCGGCUAAUAAGGAAGAAAAC